AUGUCCCAGCAAAGAACCAUACGGCUGUCCUUGCAGCAGCAUACUAGCGCUGUCUAUGUGCUGGGCACAGAAAUCUCCAUUGACAUACAUGGAUCAGCCCCGAAGGACGCCACGUCGUUCGAUGUCCGUGGCACCCCUGGUGUUGAUGUCUAUAUUGUCCACAACCCUCAAGUUGCCAAGGUACCGACGUGCGUGCCCAGAUGGCCCCUGGAUGUCAGGGUGGAGGUGGUGGUGACUAUGAAGACACCAAGCGAUGCUGUCAAUGAUAACAAGGUUAGGAUUUCAUACUAUGGGAAGGAUGGGGGGCCUCCUAUGCACAGAGCCAUGCUCUACCUUACCUGUGUUGACAUCUCCCUGGAUGCUGAUACAACUCGCAGUGGGGCGGUGAAGAGGAAAACAGCAGAUAAGAGAGAGUGGACAUGGGGCCCAGAUGGGCAAGGAGCUAUCCUGCUAGUGAACUGUGAUAGGGAUGACCCAAAGUCCUCGGAUAUGGACAACAAGGAUUUCUGUGUGCGAUCGUAUGCAGACCUUCGGGACAUGUCAUGUAUGAUCUUGAGAACUCGAGGCCCCGAUGCAAUCUUUGACGACCACAAGUUGGUUCUUCACAUUUCCAUGUCAGACGCAGACAAAGUGGGAGUUUUCCACGCUCGGGGCGAUGACAUUCUCCACCAGUACAAGCACGUGCUGGGGUCCAAUGAGCUCUCCUAUAUAGUGGACCGUCCCAGCGGACAAGAAGAGGACACCUUCUACGUGGAGGGAUUGGCCUUCCCGGACGCUGACUUCUUAGGGCUGGUUUCCUUCCACGUCACGCUACUGGAUGUCCCGGAUGAGAAUCUUCCCGAGACCCCGAUUUUCACAGACACGGUGGUUUUCCACAUGGCUCCCUGGAUAAUGACCCCCAACACUCAGAGGCCUCUGGAGAUCUUUGUCUGCAGCGUGAGCGACAAUGCCGACUUCGUGGAAGCCGUGAGCAAACUCGCCAGGAAAGCCCGCUGCAAGCUGACCGUCUGCCCGGAGUUGGAGAACCAGAAUGACCGCUGGAUCCAGGACGAGAUGGAGUUCGGCUACGUGCAGGCUCCCCAUAAAACGUUUCCCGUGGUCUUCGACUCGCCCAGGGAUGGAGAGAUGCAGGAUUUCCCUUUUAAGAGCAUCUUGGGCCCUGAUUUUGGCUACGUGACCCGACAACCUUAUAAUGAAAGUGUCUCCAGCCUCGACUCUUUUGGGAACCUGGAAGUCAGCCCUCCAGUGACCGUCAAAGGGAAGGAGUAUCCCCUGGGGAGGAUCCUCAUUGGCAGCAGCUUCCCCAGGAUUGGUGGCAGGAGGAUGACAAAGGCCGUCCGGAACUUCCUCUGUGCCCAGAAAGUGCAGGCCCCUGUGGAGCUCUACGCCGACUGGUUGUGUGUGGGUCACGUGGAUGAAUUCUUGAGCUUUGUCCCAGCUCCAGGCAGACAGGGUUUCCGGCUGCUCUUAGCCAGCCCCAGUGCCUGUUACAAGCUGUUCAGAGAGAAGCAGGAAGAGGGCUAUGGAGAAGCCAGGCUGUUUGAAGAGUUAGAGACAGUCACCACCACAACAAUAGAUGAGAUUCUGGCCAAUGAAACCCUGAGGAGGGAGAACGACUACGUUCAGAGCUGCAUCGACUGGAACAGAGACAUCCUGAAACAGGAGUUGGGCCUGAGCGAGAAAGACAUCAUCGACCUCCCCCAGCUCUUCAGGGUAAUCAACAAGAAAGCCAGUGCUUUCUUCCCAGACAUGGUGAACAUGAUUGUCUUGGGGAAACACCUGGGCAUCCCGAAGCCAUUUGGGCCGACGGUCGAUGGGCGGUGCUGCCUGGAAGAGAGCGUUCGCUCCCUGCUGGAGCCGCUGGGGCUGACCUGCACCUUCAUCAAUGACUUUUUCGCUUAUCACACUCUAGAAGGGGAGGUCCACUGCGGCACCAACGUCCGCAGGAAACCCUUCUCCUUCAAGUGGUGGAACAUGAUCCCCUGAGCAGAGGGGGUGAUAUAAAACUCAUUGCUUUUUUCAAGAGGAGGGAACAAAAGCCGAAUGUGACCUACAGUUUCCUGGGGUUCACUUCACCCACCACUGAAUUUGUAACUUCAAUAAAAACACUGCUUUCUAAAGAAACCCCUUACUAACCUGCAUAGGAAAUCGCUAGCUACCCCAUCCUCUUCCCAGCCGCACGAGUCGGACAGUUUGCUGGGACUGUAAUCCCCUUCUUGCCUCUCAUCAAAUAUAGGACCUUAAAGAGGUGUGUCUCACCUAAUUUAUUACAGCUACCUGGGUACCUAUAAGGCCCCCAAUCACCAUGUAUUUAUCCUCAUCUGUGUGCUAGAGAAGUAUUAUCAGCCCCAUUUUAUAGAUGGGGAAAUUGAGGCACAUAACGGUUAAGUGAUGUGGCCAAGGUCACACAGGAAGACUGUACCAGAGCCAGGAACAGAACAGUCUAGUGUCCCAGUUCUGUGCCUUAACUACAGCUGACUGGAGGAUGACAAUUCCCUCACAUGGCAACUUUGAAGAUUUUUGAAGGGAGGCAGGCAGUGGGGAAGGCAUUGAGCUGGGAUGCAGAAGACAAGUCCCUGUUCGGCCUCAUUCAAAGCAGAUUGUUUUCAUCUCAGCUCACUCUGAUUCAGGGUGUAAACCUGGAUCUCCCACAUUCCAAGCUUGUGCCCUAACCACCAGGCUACAGAGUCUCUCCCUCGUCCCUGUUUCAGCUUUGAUGAAACUACAUAUUUUGUUGAAAAAAGCCAACUCCAGCUUCAAGCACGAGGCUCCACUUCUGCUACAGAAAGCAAAAGCUACAAGUUAGGGAGAGUAGUCAGAUCUGAACCUGUCUGCUUGGGCUCGCUCCUCUACCCAUUCGCUGGGGGAGCUGCAACUUUCUAUGCAAGGUUGGUUUUUGUUUUUUUUUUAGUUGGUUUGUCAUUUAAGGCAGUGGUUCUCAACCAGGGGUACGUGGAUCC